GUGGGGGGUGGAACGGAAGAGGGUUCGGGGAUCGAGGCCCGGAACGAAGGCAACCUGUUGCUCCGCGACCCGGAGCGGUGAGGCGGCGGCGCCGAGGGCUUCCGGUCAGGAGCGAUCGGGUCGGGAGGAGAACGGACGGGCCGGUCGGCCGGGCAGGACAUCUCCCGCAAUGGCUCGAAUUCCCAUGGGCAAAGUCCUGCUGCGAAAUGUCAUUCGACACACGGAUGCACACAACAAGAUUCAGGAGGAGUCGGAAAUGUGGAAGAUCAGAGAAAAAGAGAAGCAAGCAAGUAGGAUGAGGUUUCACCGCCAGCGAAGGCCGUCCGCGAGCUUGCCAGGGAACAGGAUGCGCUGUGAUGGCUACGACGAGGAGGAUGACAGCCACGAGGCGAAUUUUGCUGCUCGGAAGGUUCUGGCUGCCCCGCAGGACGAGCGUGAGAGCAGAUACUGGACAAAGAAGCUGUACGAGUUCGAAGCAAGUGACCCAAACAGGUGGGGUCACAGUGGCUACAAGGAACUUUACCCAGAGGAAUUUGAAUCUGAGAGUGACCACAGUGACAGCGAGGAGCUCCCGGCCAACGGGGCGAAGCCGGCGCCCGCCAAGCCCCCGGAGCCGGCCUCCCGGAAGCGCAAGCGCUCGAGUAAAGCCAGCAAGAAGAAGCGCAAGAAGAAGUCGAGGAAGAAGCUGCGGCGGAAGAGGAGCCUGCGGAGUGGCGGGUCCUCCAGCGACGGGGAGAGCUCGGCGGCGGAGGAGGAGGGCGCCGAUCGCGGGAGGAGGGCCAAGGCCAAGAAGAAACGGCGGCGGAAGGAGGCCAGGGGGCCGCCCCUGGGCCCCGGCGAGAGCGGCUCGUCGCCCGGCCGCGGCUCCGACACCAGCGGUGAGGACGAGAGCGGAUCCCGGAGCCGGCUAGGCGAGAGGAGGAAAGGGAAGCGGCGGGGGAGCGCUCCCAGGGAAGGGGGCGACCAGGAAGCGGGGGGCGGCAGGAGGAGGCACCGGAACUGGAAGCUUGCCCGGAACGACACCUCGGACGACAGCGGGGACGACGACUUGAAUUAGGCGACCCCCCGCCCCCCGCCCCAGCUCGUGAUCCCCGGGGGAUGUCGCUCCUCGCGGCCGGAGCCCAGCAAGGGGAGCCGGGCCGGGAAAAAAAUCAGGUGGACUGAAAAUGAUGCGGAGCUGGCCCUGUCCGGGGCCUCUCGGGCUGCUGCCGCCUUUUCCUGGACCUUACACGGGGCGCAGUUCCCUACUUUUGACACGGGGUGUCAGAGCCUGGGUGUUGGGGGGAUGUGGGGAUGGACUUGUGCAAAACAGCGCUUCACUUGCUGGUCUGCUGGCUGCCGUUGGCGGGUGGCAUACCACGACCGCGGGAGGAACUGGGCAGAUGGCGGUACGAACUUUGCCUCUGUACACAUCCCGGCCCUUCGGAGCAGGCCAGCGCGAAAGGUGCCGCACGUGGUUCAGGUUUUCCCGUCGGCUGCUACUUUGCCUGCCCGGGGGGAGCGAGGGUCUGUCUUCAACACGCCCAACCUGUGACUCCCCCACCUCACCUUCCCCCCAACCCCCGGCUCCUGUGUGAGCCUGUAAUUCUGCCAGACCCCCCCUCCCCCGCCCCCCCGAGGAGACGUGCGAAGUGAAAUUACAUCAGAGGAGCAUAGAGUUUAAUUGUCACGCACAGGAAUGCAGCCAAAUGAUACAGCAUUCGUCAGGGGUGGGGGGUCACGGUGCAGAUCGCAGAACCGACAGUCACCCACAGCGUGUGUAAUUAUGGUAUAGUCAAAAAAAAAUGCACAGAUGCAAAAUAUGUACGUAUACAGCCCAAGUCCCUGAGUGACAUUGGCUUCGACAAAAAGCCUCUGCUUUUUGCAUCCGCACAGCGGAAAGCAAAUGUGAUCCAGCUCGUUUUCCACCGAGCCCAGUGGGUCCCAGGGCAACACCCCCUCAAAAUCCUGGGGGUAGUUCAGAGCUCAGCAGGGCAGGCAACAUCCAAGGAAACUUUAUAAGAAAAUGGGCGACGUUUCUUGGGAUGGGAAAGGUGAAGGGCUGGAGAGGAAGGAAUCUGAUCGGAGAGGAGAGUGGACCGUGGGAGAAAGGGAAGGAGGAGGGACACCAGGGGGAGGUGAUGGGUGGGAAAGGUAAAGGGCUGGAGAGGAAGGAAUCUGAUGGGAGAGGAGAGUG